AUGAAUGGUAAAAGCAAGGACUUGUUAACCAUGAACCAAGAUGAAGAGGAGUGGUUGGAAUACCAAAAGGUAAUGGACGAUGUCAUUAAAAGGAGUGGACUCAACAAGAGUAUCUUUUAUGAUCUUAGAGGGAACCAUGAUAAUUUUGGUGUACCAGUCGUUGGUGGCUCGUUUGAUUUCUUUUCAAAGUAUAGCUUCACUGGGCGAUUGGGAAGGAGUGGACUAGUUAAUAGUGUCACUGUUGAGGUUAGUUAUUCUAUUGAACUCUAA